AUGGCCUCCAACAAAACCGGAGGAGUCACCUCGUCCGGCAUCGCUACCAAUGAAUCCACCGGAGAACGCUACAUCCCGUCCUCGACGCGCGCCGACGGUUCCAAGCGUCGCGAAAUCCGUGUCCGCCCGGGCUACCGUCCCCCGGAGGACGUCGAACUCUACAAGAAUCGCGCGGCCGAAGCCUGGAAGAACCGCGGCAAGACCGGCGGUGGGGUUCCGGGGGCUGAGGGCCUCAAACCCAGCGCCGAAGACUCUGGCAGCGCAGCCAGCAACAAGAACGCCAAACGUCGGGAGGCCCGGAAGAAGGCCAAGGCGACUCAGGAUUCUGCGGGCGCAACCAAGGACGUGACACAGAUCGAGAACUGGCGCGCCGCGGCGGCAGCACCCAACGGCGCAGCAAAAAAGGAAGCGGAUAGUAGCGGCGCGGCGAAGCAGCCAACCGAAGAGGCGCUGGACCCCGAGGCGGAGAAUGAGAAGAAGGCCCGCAACCUGAAGAAGAAACUGAGACAGGCGCGCGAUCUGCGCGACAAGAAGAAUCAGGGCGAGGCGCUGCUGCCCGAACAGCUCGAGAAGGUCAUCAAGAUUCAGGAACUCGUUCGCCAGCUCGACGCACUGGGGUUCGAUGCCAAUGGGGACAAGAAGGACGCCUCGGCAGAAGAAGAAAAGGACACAGAAAGUGCGAAGCUACAUCCGCGGUUCGAGUUCGAUGGGUAUUUCAACUUCCAGGACUUCCUCGCGGAUGCGCCGAGCAGCGAUGUCUGCACCGCACGAGCCGGGAUUAUCGAUCUCUGCCCCUGCAUAAGCCUGACAGCACGACACAAGUUCCGCAUCGCCCGCAUCUUGGCUGAUCUGCACAAAUGCGAGGUGUUGAACCACCCAGAUGCUGACAUCGCGCUCACGACCAUAUUGAACCUGAACGCGGGCCGGAAUCGGUUACUUGUCCGCACGCAAUAUCACGUUCGCUUGCGCUGCGGGGCGCAGCUCCCACCCUCCAUGCAACCGUUCUUUGCAUGCCCGCAUCGGAGCUUGCUUUACUUCGCGCAUGCUGGGUCUUGGCACAUGGAUGAGUGCUUGGAGUGUGGCGCGCAGUUUACUCGGGAUGUUGGCCAUCAGUGGAAGCGUGAGGGGUAUUUCACAGUGACGAGGGACUUGGGGGGCACAAGCUGGCCUCCGGACGAGGCAUGGCGGGUGCAAUGUCGGUCUCGGGACCUGGCCUGGUAUCAUGAGUUUUGGAAGGACGAUACGUUUGCUUGUCAUUCUCUUAGAGAUCUCCAGCAUUAA